AGAGUUUCAGUGCUGAUCAUCUGAGUGGUUUUGUAUUGAUAAUGAAAAGUUACCUGAGAAAGAAAUUCUUAAAGUAAAAGUAGUAAAAAUGUGACAGUAUUGUUGGCUUCAUGUAGUAAAGUAUUGUUCUGGUUCCCGGACACAAAUCUGUGAUUUACAUAUGUCAUAUCUUAUGGCCGUCAGAUAAAUUUUAUUUUUUUGGACUAAAAACAUCUGAAGUGUGACACAAGGUCCAAACAGCACAUGGAUGUGGUGUAUUUUACAAGCUUUCUGUAAAAUCUUCGUCUGAAAGGUGAUGACAGUUUUCAUGCUGCACUUCAGUAUGGAAACUUUAACAAGGCAAUAAGGCAUCUCAUUUAGCUCAUCACACGUUUUCUCUCUGUGAUUAUAUUUACUCUGUUUUCUUUCAUGGCACAGAUGCCAGCCUCACCUAGAAGUUUCUCAUGAACAGGCCUGCAUGUUUUUUCUAAGAACCUGAACAACCUGAAACGUGAACUCACUCACUCAAAGCUUCUUUGAAUUGAGAGUCUGUGAGUAGCGAUGCCCAUGACGAGGUUUCAGAGUCACUGCAGGACAAACAAGCAGACAGUUUCCUGUCAUUAACAAAGUGUCUUCUUCUUUGUCUCUGCCACAGGAAGCAACGCACAGCUGGACGUCUGUGGCAUCGCACCCCGCAACACCAGGAUCGUAGGAGGGAAGGAUGCUCCUGUAGGGGCCUGGCCCUGGCAGGUCAGUGUGAUCUUAAUGGGGUCACUCGCCUGUGGAGGCACCCUGAUCAACAACCAGUGGGUCCUGACUGCUGCCCAGUGCAUCGUCAGCACCAGCACAUCCAGUUACACCAUCGUCCUUGGACGUCAAAACCAAAACCUGCCCAGCCUGAACGAGGUGUCCAGCAAAGUGUCCAAGGUCAUCGUUCAUCCAUCCUAUAACGAGAAAACGUUCAACAACGACAUCGCCUUAAUGCAGCUGUCCUCACCCGUCGUCUUCACCGACUACAUCAGACCCGUGUGUCUGGCGGCGGCCGGCAGCGAGUACAACGCUGGGACGACAUGCUGGAUCACCGGAUGGGGACACAUCAAAACUGGCACUCCCCUGCCUUCGCCAGGGAAGCUGCAGGAGGUGGAGGUUUCUGUCGUGUCAAAUACUGAGUGCAAUGCUGUGUACGGUAUAAUCACAAGUAACAUGAUGUGUACCGGAUCGUCCAAAGGAGGAAAGGGCACCUGCGCUGGAGAUGCAGGUGGCCCAUUGGUGAGGAAAUAUGACUCUCGGUGGGUUCAGGCUGGAGUGGGGAGUUUUGUGAGUGCAGCAGGUUGUGCUCUGCCCAAACUCCCGUCAGGCUUCGCCCGAGUCUCCCAGUAUCAGUCCUGGAUCAAGAGCCAAAUCACCAGCAACCAGCCGGGCUUCAUCCUGUCUGGAGCUGUGGGCCUGACUUCCCUCUCACUCCCUCUGCUGCUGUCCAUCUUACUGGGUCUCGUCUCUCUCUUUGUCCUUUCAUAAGACGUUUGAUAAAAUUAAAAAUACAAUCAUAUAAGGACAAGAAUAGAAGACCAUGAUAGCAAGACUAUGAAGUGUGCGGUUUGUCUGUUUGAAGAAACUGUUUUGUUGUUGUUCUUCCCUGCUGUAACAGUAAAGUCUUGUGAUGGACUCAAGAAGGUUCACUGUCCUUUGA